CCCUGACAACCAACAACGACCUGCCUCCCGCUUUCCCCAAGACCGAGCAUUUCUCCUUCCCUUGUAAUAUUUAUUUGUUUCUCUGCAGCAUGUUCUUUAAUAUGCCAUAAAUGUGAUACCACCUCCAGCGUCGUUUCACACUAGUGUUUAAUCCUAUUCGAGAACAUCAAACACCUCUCCAAUGACCACUCAGCGACCGCAAUCGUGGAAUUACCACUCAGGUACCUUGAACCUCCCACAUGAUUCUUAUACAGCGCAGAAGCUACAACAUGCGACUCCUGAGCAUAUCCACCUCACCUCCCGCCGUCUCUUCAUUGGACCUGUACCCGAAGGAUGGCUGAAGACAAAUCGCCGGGACUGGUAUAAGCACCAUCUCCACAUCAACUACUCAUCGCGCGCCGCUACGUUUACCUCGUCCGACCCCCGAAAGGCAUGGACACGCCGACUAAGUGGCCUCGAAGGCCCAAGUUCGUCCGCCCUGUUCCAACAUAGCUUCCCGCAACCUGAGGAACUCUCUGCAGAGGAGGACAACGGAGAGGGUGGGGAAGACGACAGUAACGGUACCCCCGGCUCUGCAGCUGGCGAGAGAGACGAUGCGCAGCCGCUGCAAAUACCACGCGGCCACGCGCAAGAUGCAGAUGCGGUGAAGAGUGAUUCAGUAACGGAGUAUACGGAUGCGCUAUCGGACCUGCAGGAGGAUCUACACGGCGAGGAAUCAAGCGGGUACGGCCGGGAUACGCCUCAGAAGCAACGAGCGCAGGAGUCCAGCUCCCAGUCCUUAGUAACAGGGCAAUCCCGCCCGGAAGCAGUAGCAUCAGAUCAAGAGCAGGAAGAGGCAAGUAGCUCACAAGUUCCUUCGAGCCCGGGAUCAAUCCAAAAAACCCUGGGUAAACGUCCUGUAUCGACUUCAAGAUGCAGUAGUGGCUUGGAGCCAGGCGCGAUAUCUGAAGUUCCUCCUGGAGAUGAGAGAUCAACAACUUCCCUGCUGCACGAUACUGACGUGAGGAAGGUUCGGCCUAGUGUUGAUCCUACGCCGCGCUCGAAGAAUAUGUUGGAAAGGGUUAAGAGCAAAUCCAAGGGCGCUGUAGGCUCUGCCGACGUCGCACGUACCACGUCGAAUCUUCGGAAUCUCGUCAAGUUCGAUAUUCCAGAGGACUCAAGGCGGGCGGAGCUGAGUAUGAAACGUAAAGCUGCGCAGAUGACUAUACGGCACGCCACCACGAGGCUUCGACGACAAAAGCUGAAGGAUGGACUUAUAGUGAAGAUGGAACGCAUGCUCAUCCGUGUUGAUAAAGCUGGUGCUGACGUGCCCGAGGACUUUGAUGAGAAUGGCGACCAGAAAAUUGAUUCCCGCGUGAGGGACAAGUGGCGAGAGUAUAUGGUGGUUUGUAGGCAAAGCAUUUCCGACGAUGCCGACUUCGUCCUGCAGCUGUACAAGACAAGAGUCAUCCCCGAGAUCGAACAGAAAGGCGCCAGUAAGAGAGCUGCUUUCGAGAUUAGGCUCAGCCGAAAGACGACACAUGUCAACCUGUAUUCCUCCCUAGAUAAAUCCGUAGUGGUCUGGACCCGCGUCGAACGCGGUACUGCGAUCUACAUCAUGCAAGCGCGCACGGCGUCUCAUGCGGUGGAGUGGUACACAUUCCUGCGAAACACGAUGGGCUGGUCUCGGACGACGGAGCUCCAAAUAAGCGUCCCUGACCUAAGCGUCAACCUUCUGAUCUCAGAUCCCUUCAAGAAGUUGGAAGCAUCGCAAUCCGAAGUACAUCAAGCCGAAGGGAGUGAUACCGAAGAGGCGGUUCUGAGAACGAUGCAACAGGAGCAAGCCGUCGCGCAAGAGCUCAUACAACAAUGUCUUGACCAGCUUAAAGACUCGCCAGAGUGGGCAGAUGUUCUGAAUACUUGGAUGAGGGACCAACGUAUCGGGCUUGCGUGGAAACGAUACGAUCGAUUGGAGUGGAUACACGGCACCAAUGAACGAAGAAUGUAUGGAACCAUAGCAAUGCAAAAGUCGCACGAGCUCGAGCUGCGACCCAAGUCACACUAUCCCACCACUGCGGUGACGCGGAAGAAGCACAAGACACUGACGGAGCCGCUUCCGGUCGAAGGAUUCCUCAUCCGCCUCAGUGGGCAGCGUGGCCAAGCAACUCGACUCGGGCUGAUGUUCCAGAAGCAGCUUUACUUCUCCACGCACAACCAGUUCCUUGUCUUCACCCGGCCUCCAAAGUCGGCUCCCCCUCCGCCGCCAAAGUUACCGGCUGGGCCUGGAGGCCAAGUGCCGCGCGCACACACCGUCGCUGAUAAGACGCCCGACACUUGGAUAGUAGACCCUUUUCCGGUCAAGAACGAUGUUAUAGAAUGGCUGGCUGAAGGCCACUGGGGCACUGCGGAAUCUCUGCGACUUCGGGACGCCGAUGCCGAAGAUGAGGCAGAGCGGAAAGCGCACAACCUGCUCAAUUGUGACGGCUACAUCAAUCUUGUGGACGUGAAGAAGGUUCGCAAAGCAAAAUGGGGCGCGACGCCUGUGGACGAUGCCCUUGAGUCCGGUUCAGAUGUUGAUUUCGACGAAGAGGUUGAAGAUACCACGGCUGAUGAUGGGGCUACAAAAAACUUCGAUGUCGAGAGGACUUUUGAGCUGGUGAUGCGGAAUGGCUUGAUUAUCCGCUUGCAGGCAGCCAACAAAGCCCGUCGCAAAGACUGGGUUAACAACCUACGCGCUCUCGUCAAGUACUGGCGAAACCGCAUUGCAUCUGACAUCGCCAUCCUCAAAUCAACCCGGGAGAAGAACCUCUCCGCUCUCAACAUUGACGAAGAGGGCGAAGCCUACAUUGGACAGUUCGCGAAGAAGUGGGAAGUGACGCAAUCCUACGCGUCGCCCGAACUGUACAACAUGUGUGGUAUAGCAGACUGCCGCACCAUCCACAUGAGCGGGCUACUUUACAGAAAGCCGCGCAUCCACGCUGCCUUCACGCGGUGCAGCGUCAUUCUCACAUCCGGCACGCUGCUCAUCUUUCAGGAUGUGCUACGCAGUGGGACGGGGAAGCAAAAGCCGCACAUCCACCAUCAGCGCAUCUCGAACCUCGAUCUCAAGGACUGUUAUAUCUAUUCCGGCUUGCUGACGGAGUCGGAUCUCCUCUAUCGGAACCAAACCUUCGACGCGAAUAAGCCAGGGCAUCACGCCCUUCCGCGCAUAUACCUCGAGGAUGGUUGGACGUCCACAGACGAGGACGUCAUGACCACCUUUGUUGUCUGGUACGGCAAAUCUAAGAGUUGGUUCCGCGCCGAGGAGGGGGCUGGGGGUGGGGAUCAGCAUGCGAAUGCGGGAACGAGGCAUAAGUUGAAGAGGGUAGCGAAGUUGGGGAGCAAAGGGAGGAGUAUGGUGUUUAGGGCGAGGAGUCGGACGGAGAGGGACCAUUGGGUGUUGGCGAUUCAGAAUGAGAUUGAGAAGGCGCAGGGGCGGGAGGGAGGUGCGGGAAUGGAUUUCAGGAUUGUGGAGGGGGAGGGUGGAUGA